AUGGGUACUAAAAAGGAGAUAGAUGUAAGAGACAAAAAGUCAACACAGAGGAAGCUAGAAACGAGUUUGGGCCUCGAAGGCAGUCAAGAUGGCGUGUCCCCCCCCCCCCCCACACACACACACACUCAAGAUGGCCGUGGCUGCCUCCAGAACCCGGCGCAGUUAACAACUCCCACCCCACGGCGCAGUUCCACCGCACGCCCAGACAAGGCUGGGGCCGUGCCCCAGUUCCGGGGCCGUGCCCCAGUUCCGGGGCAGGAGCAGCUGAAUCCUGGCUCCCUCCACGCCGCCUCAGGCCCAGCGGGCAGCCGAGGAGGCGUCUCCCUCCGCCCCGAGUACCCAGCGCGUCCCAAGCGCCAACUGCCGACGCCCCUCCCCCCCAGGGCCCAGGGCCCAAAGGAAGCCCCCCCACUUCACGGCUCGGGUCCCGCCACUGCCAACCCCUCCUCGACCCCGGGCCAAAGGGGGUCCCUGCAGCAGGGCCCUGAAAGCCGCCGCUGCCCACCCAGUGCCCGGCCUCGAGGACGGCGGCUCCCAACCGCGCGGUCCUCACCGGCUGUGAUCUCCGCCUACGCGCGGCGGCCUGUAGGGCUCACAAACCGAGCAGGGGGCCGGGGCCUCGAGGAGCCAGAGCGCGGGGCGGGAUCCGGGCCUCGAAGGCCCGAGGACAGAGGGCCGGCUGAGACCCCGGCCUGGCCACCAGGAGCCCCCAGGGCCCCAGGCGUGGGCAGCGAGGAGCUGCAAAGGAGACAGGGGCGCUUCGGGAAACCCCGUGGCACCAGCGUGAGGCAGGAGGGGCCUGCCCUGGAGGCCAACCACGUGGCCACGGCCCCGCCCCCCCCAGCUGCCCUCCUGGGAAAGCCGUCUCCCACGGGAAAUCCCACCCAGCCUGGGCCCCGUGGGAUACAGGGGUACCUGCAGGGGCAGUCUAGAACCCCACCCAGGCCCCGGCGUCAUAUUAAGGCCCCCCAGGAAAAGUCUCCCCAAGCUUGA